CAGCUAGACCGAUGCAUGUUCCUUGAGAGGACGAGAAAAAACAAAGUACGCAUAGUUCUUUUUUUUGUGUGAAAGGAAGCACACAUCUGUUGAGAGUGAGAGAACGAGAGUCGAUGUUGCUUCAAACAGUUUACGCUGAGUUGUGCAUAGUUUGUUGUCUAGGAGUCUAUCGAAUGUUUAGUCGUAGUUUUCAGGCUCUUUGCGUUGCAUGGCUCUACUUGCGUCAUCCACUCGCAUGUACCCUAUCCAAAAAAUGACAGGCCGAUGGCUAUCGUGUCUUUCGCUUCAUUUCAAUAUCACUCUCUUCCUAUGUCUACCUUGGUAUCUUUUUCACUGUCUAGUCAGUAGGAGUGUUAUGCACCUGACUGUUUUCUUGCGUUAGUCGAAGAUUUAGUCUUUGAUUAACCUUAAAGGAAUGAAAAAACCCAUUGGUAGCGAAAUUUGUUUUCCCGAAACGGGUGUUGUUGUCUUAAAGACCGACGUGGCACCGCUAGGGUUCACCUUGGUGCUGCGUGAAAUCGAAAAUCCGUGAUGUAAGUAUCUAGUACACAGUCGGAUAUAGGUCCAUAGUUAGAAUCCCUAACAACUAUGUAAGCCUAAUUAAUUACGCAUUUCUUUGCCAUAAAAAGGAAUCCUUGAAUAGUUGUUAUCGCGAAACGAUUUUUCGCAAUGAAUCGGAUAUUAUCCAGCUUUGUUAGUUUGUUCCGCUUCCGUUAUAAGUGACUACUCUGAGUCGUCGUGACAGUGAGUGAAUGAUAUCUAGUAACCACAUAGUCAACAUGGUAAGUUCCGUUUGUUACAGCGCUAGUGGCAAGUAGGACUUACAGCAAAAAAUUAUUUUCUAUGAUCGUGCGAGAGCGAGUUCGUUUUUAAACAUUAAGUACUGAUGAUAGUUUGCUGGUCUCUUUGUGAAUCACCGUGGUCUAGUCCUGUCAUUAUUAUUAUUUUCUAUGAUCUGCCAAGUGUAAGCCGCGUAUGCGUAACUAGUACUAAGUUAGUAGUUAGAAAUAUGUGUACUAUUGAUUUUGUUGGUUAUUAGAAUUUUUCGAUCCACCUACUAUCUACAUCUACUUACCUUAACAUCGUUUAUCUCCAUAAAGUUUGGUCAAUGUUUCUUGUGAUUGCAAUCGCUAACAAGGGUCAUCGUCGUCUGGUUGCUACAGUCUUUGCCUUUGUUUAGUUUGUGAAAGGCAUUGUUGGGACUAGAACUAAGCAGAUCUAAUUAUAUUUCGUUCAUUCUAGUAGAAAUAGAAUCGAGAACCUCCCUCAUCUUCAAAAAUGAGUAACCUCGAUGCGGCUGCGUCACUCCGUAAGGAGUUAGCCGCAGCAGCAGAUUCCUCGGAUCGGCAGAAAAUUUUGGCCGACCUCCGAAAUUUGCUGAAUGAAUAUGAUGAUGGACAAGCUCUAGAUGGGACUACACAUAGAGAUCGAUCUAGUAAGGCGUCUGUAAACAGCAACUACAGCAAAGAUUGCACCAAGUUGGGUAAAACACCUGCACACGAAUUGAAAGUGAAGAAACUGAAUACGAGCAAUAGUAAGCAGGCUGCUGCAGGAGGCUCAGUGGUGUCGAUGCUCGACAAGAAAGCUGGUACUGCUUCAUCUUUAGAAACGACUCCAACGAACGGAGUUAUCACUUCUUCUGGAAAACAAAUGAAACGUUUAGAUAACGAACUCGAAGCAGAAAUAUGGGGAAAAACAAAAACAUCUUCUACUAAAAAAUCGACAUCUAAGAAAUCAUCUGAGGGACCUCCAAGCAUCAUCACGGACAAUCUUACUGAACCUUCAAUUUUUGCGCCUCCCACGAGGAAGGCGAGCCCGCCAAAAUCAGAAGACGUUCCAGUAGAGGUGGCGGCAAUCAGAGGACCUUAUAGUCCAAAAUCGAUUCAUGACCAGCAAAGGGAAGCCCUUUUUGGUACAAAUCUUAGUGGUAGUGGAACUAGUACAACAACUUUAAUCCCCGCCGUUGGUACAGCAACAUCGACUGCUUAUCAACAACAGCACUUGUUGAUCGGCCUUGGUGGAGGUGUAGCUCAACAACUACAUCAUGGAGGAGGUGCUUAUCCUCCCAAUACUUCUAGUAGUACUAAUGCUCCAACAACAAACAGUACAACUACAAAUCCUGCUCUGGUGAACCCAGGGACUCAUCCUUUACUGAUGCCUUUGCCACCGCACUUCAAUUUUGGACCGAACUUCACAACUAUGCAACCCAGUUUCGGAGGACUUGCGGAUCCGUUCGUUGGACAGCAAUUUCAUUUCCAGCAACAAAGCAACUCAGCAUCGACGUCUUUCGGGUCGGCGGGAGGAGGAUUGCAAGGUCAAAGUACUUCUGCAGGUGUGAAUGGAACAACAGCAGGAAAUGCAAAUCAUGGCACGUUUGUUGAGAAUCAGAUGCUUUACCCUAUACCUGCAUUUCCCGGAACGACUGGAGCUACUACAGCCAGUCGCCUAUACACCACAGGGAAUGGACUUGUAGUCGCGGCAUCUUCUACGCAGUCUUCAGUGGUUCCAAAUCAACCGCCUUCAGGUCCAGGGUCGGUAGGAAACCAGCAUCUAUCGCCUGUUCAGAGAAUCCUUGCGAAUGGCCGAAAUAAUAUUAUUCCCCACAACUACAAUGUUUAUUCUGGUUCGGGUAAUAUAAAGGUGGUGAAUCAAGCAGAAGUAGGACUUCAACAAGGCGGACCAGCAGGACAUCUAGGAUCAUGUUUAUCCACAACAUUGCCACAAGCACAGUGGCAACAGCGCUUCUUCCCUGGUUCCCAACGUGUGACGCCUAGUUCUGAACGAGUGACGCCAAACUCACAGAGGGGAACACCGAGUUCACAACGGGUGACACCGAGUUCGGAUCCGACUAGUACUACUCUGACACACGCGACCACGAUCCCAUCACCAAUGGUGGUGAUGUCGGCACCUCCAUCUUACCAUCGUCCUAGUCGCGACCAUCAUGCAGCUAAUCCACUCGAUUUGAUGGCCACUUUGGACGAAGGCGACGAAGAAGAACUACUCAGAAGCAACACGAAUUCCCAUAGUCACGUUUCGAAAAAGAUGCUGUCUGAGUUGGAGAGUAAUGGAGCAGUAACCCCCAGUGGCACACCGCCAUUGGAUGAACACUUUCUUGCCAAUCAUGCCAGAGGAGGAGGGGGAGGUGCCUGCUCUUCAUCCUCUGGAGCACAAUCACGAUCGACUUCAAGAACACCGCAGCAGCAGCAUGCGGCGGCAAGAGGAAUGCGGGCAGGGGGUCCAUUACAACCCGAAGGGGAAGCAGCCGCAAACGUCACCAGCGUCUCUUCUCCAACACAUCAACGACAGAUCGUCGUAACAAGUCCUUCGAACAAUACUUCAACCUCAAAGUCUGAUAACAAAAACAAGAACAACACGAAUGCGAAUUCUCCAACCAACAAGAGCAAUCCGAAUCCGAAGUCUUCACCUGUGGUUCCGGGUUUAGGUUCUAUCGCAGAUUUGAAAAACGGAGGAGAAGACGAGCUAGCGGAAAAAACGUCAAGCUUCACUAACAAGAGUCCGUUGAAGUUGUACAUGAGGAGUUACUCGACACCGGCUUCUCCUGCAGGGAAUUUCCGAGAUCCUGGCUUAGUAGAUGAUGCAGAUGAUGGGACACUCCUGAAAAGCUAUAGUCAACGAGAAGAAGCGGGACCAAGCAGGUACAUCAUGAGUAGCUAUAAAAAGCGACCAAAACAACGAACGGUUUCUGCAGGAUGUAGUCCUUACCCUCCUUACGUUUCUUAUGAGGAUGACACUGUGCCUGUUGGUGUUGAGGCGUAUGUUGGGAGUUGUACCAAUACAACUAGUGCAGGUGUUGAUGGUGGGGCUGCCAAACAUGACCAAUCUAAAGUAGACGCAGCUUCUACUGUCAAAAUGGUUUUAACCGGUUUCGGUGGAGAAAAUAGCAUCAAAGCUGAAGACAGUAGUAAAGCUGGAAGUAGCAAAGCAGACAGUUCCUGUGAAGACCUGAAUAUGUUGUUGCCAAUCCCAAUGCCUGUAAUGCCGCUUGUCGGACCGGGAGGACAGCCACAACAGCUUGUCCAUCAACUAGAACUCGGUCUCGGAUUCUCCUUUGAUGAUCCGUUUCCUCAGUUGUUUGGAAUCAAAGCGAAUGAAGCUGCAGCAGCUGUAACUGCGCCGCCACCAGCACAACUCCCACCAGAUCAUGGCCACGAUGAGGCCAAAAGGCCUACUUUAUUGACGGCUAUUUCCAACUCGCCGACGCAAUCCAAGAAGUCGACUGGGUCGAACAAUGGGACGCCAAAAAUCAUGAAAUUGAGUACGGAAAUAAAAGAGCGGAAAGAAAAAGCUGCCGACAGCACUGAAGGACGGGAAAAAGCAGAAGAGGUUGUAACUUUGGAAAACCUGCAGACCUAUGCGAAUGAUACAAAAAGGAUAUCGAAGCUUUCGAGUAAGGCGGUGGAAGCAUUGGAGGCUAGAGAUGCGAAAAAGGCGACGCCUUUUGAGCCGCAAUUUCGAGUUUGCGGUACUAUUUGAAAACUCAAAAUAACCGAUUUACUGACUGAAAUAAGGGAGGUAGCUUCUUAACAUCAGGGCUGCCUUUCCUUCUCAUCAGUAUCUCGGUUAUUCUGAUCAGUUACUUGCUUAUUUCAUCGGUGAUAAGUUGAGGCGUGCCUGUGCAAUUUUUAUGUUCUAACUUGAUUGUUUGUAAUUCUGUGCACAGUUCGUUUCUGAACAAGGUAGUUUGUCGAUGCUAUUCUUGUUCAAAUCUUUAUCUGACGCCGCUAUCGAUUAAAUAAUUGUCGCUUGUCGAGCACCAUCCCAUUUCCAGGUAACCCUCUAUGCCGUCGCAAGUGGAAACAGUUAACAGCGAGCAUGCUUCCUUCGUUUUGUCCGAGCUGUCGCCGAGUUCUCGAACUGAACGCCCACGAAGCCAUUGAGAAAGAAAGACAAAGACAAGACACCACGACAGGAGAAGACUCAGGAGAGCACGCAUUACCAUCUCGUGCUGACAUCCUCUGUCGCCUCUACGAUUCCUGGUACGACGAUUACCACCUCCUUUCCGAGGUCGUUGAAAUCCCACCAGCGCCGAUGCCUUUACGCGGAAGAAACUAUUUCACUGUGGGUCCCGACGUUCCUGAGUCAUUGACCGAAGCGGAAGAAGCACUGUUUGUGAACGCGAUGCACGUGAGUUUUCCCAUAGUGUUGCCGCAUACCAGCGUCGUGAAGAACUGGAAUUCGAUGUUGGUACGGAAGAAAUACCUCAGAGGAAAGGUGACGAGCAAGAACGGACAUUUGUGUAAAAUCGAUGCCGACUUGGAGUUAACGGAGAAGCUGGAGCCAACGCAAACGAAAUUGAAGGAGACGAUAUUGUACUUGUUUUGAUUUCAUCGCCUUUGGUGUGCGUGGCGGGUAAUAAUUUUCGUCUCAGGAAAUGUGUAACUGUAAGUGACGCAAGCAUAACAAAUUAGUAUUUCCACCCUGAUUGCUAUUCCUAUGGCCCCCUCUUUGCUUUUCUUGUGAAGUAAUUAGGAGUAGCUGCAGUCAUGGACCUUUUGCCUCAACUGUAUUCAAACUUUCAAGCUUACCAAUUAAAAUUAUAAUGUAACAUCUUUGUCUUGCAUCCACCUUAUCUCACUCUCAGGUUCUUCGAUUUCCGAGACGCUUUAGAUGUGGGAGAUCAAAUUCCGUUUCUCGCAAUUCCGAACCCGGUCAUGGCAGAACGCAGUUUCGUUCCUAAAUUGUGCAAAUUGAUUCGCGAGGAGGAGGAAGGGGCAGGAGAGGGAGAUAGAGAUAGCAGUGUGGCUAGGAAAAAUUCGAAGGCCGCUUCAACUAUCACUACUAAAAAGAGUGAAAUCAGCAGGAACAAUAGUCGUUUUGUUGACUCAAGGGAAAGCUUCGGCAGUCCAGGAGGAGGCGGUAGGUCACCAUAUUUGCAAGGAGCAUCUUCUAUUUCGAAAGGCUAUAACAUGGGUUAUUCGAAGAGUCCAAUGUUGAAAGGUGCAGCUGCGAUGGGCAAAGACGGUGGAAAGGACAAUAACUACUACAACUUGGUAGAAUUGCAAGUGCAAUCGACGUCGAACUACAUCUACAUGAACAAGGAUAAAAAUACAAAUAGUUUUUUCCACAACAACAACCACGUAUCUUAUUCUUGGGACAACAAUGCCGCUUGCGAUAAUUACCAUGCGGCCAGCUAUGGGAGUGGGAGUGUCGCCACCGCCGGUAGUGGGAAAGGUGGAAAGAAGUCGGGUUCAACUUCGCCAUAUAAUAGUUCCUAUGGUACUAGUAAAGGUGGAGCAGGAGGUAUGGGUAUUAUGGACCGAACGUCGCCAUAUACCUCCUUCUAUGCAACUACAGGAGGAAAUAUGAGUCCGAUGAGUAUGCAGGGAAAAGGUCCAUGGCGUCGCAGUGAUUGGGGUGGAAAGUCGAAUACUCCAAUUCUGGUGCCUCCGUCACCCUAUUUGCAGUCUUCUCUAGCUAACCCUAAUCCUAACGAGGGUAAGGGGAAUAAGAACAAUACGUAUAGUACGAGCUAA